AGUCCGCGCAGCAUGCUCCGCCCCCGCCGCAUUCUGCACCAAGGCUUUUUGCUGGCUCGUGUUACACUUGACGUCCCCAUCAAGAACUUUAUCGCUUAACGUUAGUAGUCUCCGUCUUGUGUCGCUGUCUCACGGUGUUGCACUUGAGUCGACGUCUCCAUCAAGGAAUUUAUCGCUUAACGUUAGUAGUCUCCGUCUUGUGUCGCUGUCUCACGGUGUUGCACUUGAGUCGACGUCUCCAUCAAGGAAUUUGCCGCUAGCUACUUAAGCUAGCUCCUCGUGUUGCUGUCUGACAGGGUUGCACUUGAGUCUACGUCCCCAUCAAGGACUUUGAUCCCUCAUUCAUCUGAGUAGCUGACAAGAGAAGUUAUGCUUUUCGUCAGGGCCGUGUGGAAUGAAAAUGGGAAGGAAAUGGAGGGGACCAUCCCUGAUGCCUGGGUUAAUGUAGCUGAGAAAACCCUUCGAUGGCCAAAGACGAGGGCAAAAUAUUGUUUUGACAACCAUGUGGCUCCUAAGGAGGACUGGGAAACUUUCCCAUUGUUGAAAGUAAAAAUUACCUCAGAAAGUUUCCAUGAGUGUGAAGACUACGAUCAAACCAGCCAUGCUGAACUAUGUGAAGAAGAUGAAGACGAAGAGGUUGUAGUCCAAAAAAGGAUGAAAAAAAAAAAACAUUUUGACGAUUUUGUUGAAGAUUCCAGUCCAAUAAUUCCAGUAUUUCCCACUCCACCAAUCAAGUUAAAGAAUGUGGGCGUCAACAGAUCAAAUAGUGGUUCACCCAGGUCUGCGGGCCGUGACAGGUCAACUAGUGGUUCACCCAGGUCUGCGGGCCGUGACAGGUCAACUAGUGGUUCACCCAGGUCUGCGGGCCGUGACAGGUCAACUAGUCGUUCACCCAGGUCUGCAGGCCGUGACAGGACAACUAGUCGUACAGCCAGGUCUGCGGGCCGUGACAGGACAACUAGUCGCACACCCAGGUCUUUGGACAGGUCAACUAGUGGUUCACCCAGGUCUGCGGGCCGUGACAGGUCAACUAGUGGUUCACCCAGGUCUGCAGGCCGUGACAGGACAACUAGUCGUACAGCCAGGUCUGCGGGCCGUGACAGGACAACUAGUCGCACACCCAGGUCUUUGGACAGGUCAACUAGUGGUUCACCCAGGUCUGCGGGCCGUGACAGGUCAACUAGUGGUUCACCCAGGUCUGCGGGCCGUGACAGGUCAACUAGUCGUUCACCCAGGUCUGCAGGCCGUGACAGGACAACUAGUCGUACAGCCAGGUCUGCGGGCCGUGACAGGACAACUAGUCGCACACCCAGGUCUUUGGACAGGUCAACUAGUGGUUCACCCAGGUCUGCGGGCCGUGACAGGUCAACUAGUGGUUCACCCAGGUCUGCGGGCCGUGACAGGUCAACUAGUCGUUCACCCAGGUCUGCAGGCCGUGACAGGACAACUAGUCGUACAGCCAGGUCUGCGGGCCGUGACAGGACAACUAGUCGUUCACCCAGGUCUGCGGGCCGUGACAGGUCAACUAGUCGCACACCCAGGUCUGCGGGCCGUGACAGGACAACUAGUCGCACACCCAGGUCUUUGGACAGGUCAACUAGUGGUUCACCCAGGUCUGCGGGCCGUGACAGGUCAACUAGUCGUUCACCCAGGUCUGCAGGCCGUGACAGGACAACUAGUCGUACAGCCAGGUCUGCGGGCCGUGACAGGACAACUAGUCGCACACCCAGGUCUUUGGACAGGUCAACUUGUGAUUCGUCCAGGUCCAGGUCUGUGGGCCGGGACAGUUCAAUUAGUUGUUCAUCCAGGUCUGUGGGCCGGGACAAUUCAAGCAGUCGUGUACACAGGUCCCAGGCUGUGGAAGGUCUUUCACAUGAAAUGUCCAGUUAUAAUAGGGAUGUGCCAACCACAUUCCCCCUGUCAGAAGCGAAAUUCCAAAAAAUAGUGCUGACAAAGCUGGUGACUCUCACUGAUGAGGUCAAACAACUCCAGAGGAGCAUGCCUAAAUCUAGCAUUGAGAUCAUAAAGAUUAACACCUUGGAAGAGUUCGAGAGGGAGGAGGCUUCUCUUCUGGAUAAAAACAAAUUUGAAACCUUGGUUUGUCAGCUGGCAAGAGUGGGUGGGAAAGAUGUAAAGGACUGCACGCACAAAGUGAUGGACAGGCUCUUCACCAACAACCUAAUGACACUGUUUAAUUUGAAAGGGAGGGAAAAAAGAUAA